AUGCCGAAUAACCCGAAAACAGUUAGUCUUCAAGAGGAGCUGCGCCAGUCUCUAAGCCAGUUACCUUUGGAUAUUCUUCUUCCUCUGGUUGCGGAGUUCAAGCCGGAGACUGCUGCAGGUGUGCGGGCUCUUGCUGACCAAGGACUAGACGAACGACUUGUUGUCAGCAUGCUCUGCGACGAAGACACCGUCUUGUCAGCGUCCUUUCAGCAACCCCCCAGUUUUGCAGGGGCGCAGCAGAGCUCAACAAGCGGAUUUAAUUUCCGCUCGCCACUUAUGCAUAUUCUGUCGGCGGGGCACGAGCAGCACGUGGAGGAAUGCAGUAGUCCGAUCAGCGCAGUGGCGUGUGCUAAAUGCAUUCCGGAGGGGCACCAAUACCUUGCAUAUGAGUGUGACGCAGAAGCAACAAACGCGAAGCCUGUAUCAAAUCAGGAUUAUCAUGCGUCUGUCGAUACGGUGUCUACCGCGGCUUCUCAGAGGGUGGCUGAUGAAGUACCGGCAGCCAACGUAUGCGUGUCGAUGACGAGUACAGGAGGUCCUUCGGUUUCCGGCGGUGUUGGAAGCAGCAGAAACUACAUGGGCCCGGAUAAUCGUUUGCCCGAUGAAGAGAGAAUGACGCGAGGGCAACAGGUCAGUUAA